UUUGGUCCGCGAUUGCGGUGCUAGCUUUCCUCUUCGGAAGAACAGAGUCCUCGAUACGCAUCGACCUACUGUUACGGAGCAAGCUUUUAUUUUUUUCCUGUCCGCAAAGACGACUAAAAAUAUCAAGGCGAAGCAGACACGGCAAUGGGUGUGUGCACCGUCUACGGGAUCGUCCUCCUCACUCUGGCGGGGACAUGUGCAUUGGUCUCCGCCGACCCAGAGACCGCUUCCGAUCAGACGACCAACGUCCAGAAACGCUGGGGGGUCAACAGCUACCCUUCGGAAAGUCACAACAGUAAUUACCACUGGGCUCCUUUUUAUCCUUACUGGUGGGGUGGUGGUUUGAGAAAGCGUCAGGAGCCUGAAAAACGAUGGGGAGGUAGCAGUUGGGGUGGGGAUAGUUUCGUGUGGGGUAGUUCGAGCUCGUCUGGUUCCGACGUCGCGGCGCAAGGAGGCUUCUACGGUAGAGACGCCGACACAAAGAACGCGAAGGAGAAUAAGGUGACGGCAAAAAGAAGCUUGAGGAAAAGAUGGGGGCUAAGGGAAGACGGUAGAAAUGGUGGAGGCGGCGGUUGGGGAGGGUGGAAUAUCGCGAUGUACGGUGGAGCGUUCGGACGUGAUUUGGAAGAGAAGAACAUUCAGAAGAGGUGGGGUUUAAGGGGUGACAGUGGCUAUGGUGGAUGGGACAGCGGUUCACAGAUAGCUACGUACGGAGGAGCUUUCGGACGUGAUCUGGAAAAGAAGAACAUUGAGAAGAGGUGGGGUUUGGGUGGUGGUGGAUCGGACAGUGGUUAUCAGACGGCCAUGUACGGAGGAGCGUUCGGACGAGCGCCGGAGAAACGUUAUGGCGGCGGUGGCUAUACUCCAGGCAAAAAGAACAUGGAGAAAAAGUGGGGUCUAGGCGAUGACGGCACAGGUUCUUCUAGUUCUGGGUACAAUUCUGCUGCGUACGGCGGGGUAUUUGGAAGGGACACCGACAAAAAGACCGUCCAGAAAAAGUGGGGUCUUGAAGACGACGGCACGGGUUCUUCUGGGUACGACAGUUCUGCAGCGUACGGCGGAAUCUUCGGACGGGACGCCGACAAAAAGACCGUCCAGAAAAAAUGGGGUCUAGGAGACGACGGCACGGGUUCUUCUGGGUACGACAGUUCUGCAGCGUACGGCGGAAUCUUUGGUCGGGACGCCGAUAAAAAUAAGGUCCAGAAAAAGUGGGGAUUAGGAGGGCCACGAUGUGGUUAUCGAUUUAGUUCUGAGUACAAUUCUGCUGCGUACGGCGGGAUCUUUGGACGGGACACCGUCAAAAAGACCGUCCAGAAAAAGUGGGUUCUUGAAGACGACGGCACGGGUUCUUCUGGGUACGACAGUUCUGCAGCGUACGGCGGAAUCUUCGGACGGGACGCCGACAAAAAGAUCGUCCAGAAAAAGUGGGGUCUUGGAGACGACGGCACGGGUUCUUCUGGGUACGAUAGUUCUGCAGCGUACGGCGGAAUCUUCGGACGGGACGCCGACAAAAAGACCGUCCAGAAAAAGUGGGGUCUAGGGGACGACGGCACGGGUUCUUCUGGGUACGACAAUACCGCCGCGUACGGCGGAAUCUUCGGUCGGGACUCCGAUAAAAAGACCGUCCAGAAAAAGUGGGGUCUAGGAAACGACGGCACGGGUUCUUCGGGGUACGACAAUUCUGCUGCGUACGGCGGAAUCUUCGGACGGGACGCCGACAAAAAGACCGUCCAGAAAAAGUGGGGUCUAGGAAACGACGGCACGGGUUCUUCGGGGUACGACAAUUCUGCUGCGUACGGCGGAAUCUUCGGUCGGGACUCCGAUAAAAAGACCGUCCAGAAAAAGUGGGGUCUAGGAGACGACGGCACGGGUUCUUCGGGGUACGACAAUUCUGCUGCGUACGGAGGAAUCUUUGGACGGGACGCCGAUAAAAAGACCGUCCAGAAAAAGUGGGGUCUAGGAGACGACGGCACGGGUUCUUCUGGGGGCUACAAUUCUGCUGCGUACGGCGGAAUCUUCGGACGGGACGCCGAUAAAAAGACCGUCCAAAAAAAGUGGGGCCUAGGAGACGACGGCACGGGUUCUUCUGGGUACGACAGUUCUGCAACGUACGGCGGAAUCUUCGGACGGGACGCCGACAAGAAGACCGUCCAGAAAAAGUGGGUACUAGGAGACGACGGCACGGGUUCUUCUGGGUACGACAACUCUGCUGCGUACGGUGGAAUAUUUGGUCGGGACGCCGACAAAAAGACCGUCCAGAAAAAGUGGGGCCUAGGAGACGACGGCACGGGUUCUUCUGGGUACGACAGUUCUGCAGCGUACGGCGGAAUCUUCGGACGGGACACCGAUACAAAGAAGGUCCAGAAAAAGUGGGGUCUAGGAGACGACGGCACGGGUUCUUCUGGGUACGACAACUCUGCUGCGUACGGCGGAAUCUUUGGACGGGACGCCGACAAAAAGACCGUCCAGAAAAAGUGGGGCCUAGGAGAUGACGGCACGGGUUCUUCUGGGUACGAUAGCUCUGCAGCGUACGGCGGAAUCUUCGGACGGGACGCCGACAAAAAGACCGUCCAGAAAAAGUGGGGACUAGGAGACGACGGCACGGGUUCUUCUGGGUAUGACAGUUCUGCAGCGUACGGCGGAAUCUUCGGACGGGACGCCGACAAAAAGACCGUCCAGAAAAAGUGGGGACUAGGAGACGACGGCACGGGUUCUUCUGGGUACGACAGUUCUGCAGCAUACGGUGGAAUCUUCGGACGGGACGCCGACAAAAAGACCGUCCAGAAAAAGUGGGGUCUAGGAAACGACGGCACGGGUUCUUCGGGGGGCUACAAUUCUGCAGCGUACGGUGGAAUCUUUGGACGGGACGCCGAUACAAAGAAGGUCCAGAAAAAGUGGGGUCUAGGAAACGACGGCACGGGUUCUUCUAGUUCUGGGUACAAUUCUGCUGCGUACGGCGGGGUAUUUGGAAGGGACGCCGACAAAAAGACCGUCCAGAAAAAGUGGGGUCUAGGUGACGACGGCACGGGUUCUUCUGGGGGCUACAAUUCUGAUGCGUACGGCGGAAUCUUCGGACGGGACACCGACAAAAAGAACAUUCAAAAGAAGUGGGGUUUGGGUGGUGGUGGAUCGGACAGUGGUUAUCAGACGGCCGUGUACGGAGGGGCGUUUGGACGGGCGCUGGAGAAACGUUACGGUGGCGGUGGCUAUACUCCAGGCAAAAAGAACAUGGAGAAAAAAUGGGGUCUAGGCGACGACGGCACAGGUUCUUCAAGUUCUGGGUACAAUUCUGCUGCGUACGGCGGGGUGUUUGGAAGGUACGCCGACAAAAAGACCGUCCAGAAAAAGUGGGGUUUAGGAAACGACGGCACGGGUUCUUCUAGUUCUGGGUACAAUUCUGCUGUGUACGGUGGAAUCUUCGGACGGGACGCCGAUAAAAAGACCGUCCAGAAAAAGUGGGGUCUAGGAGACGACGGCACGGGUUCUUCUGGGUACGACAGUUCUGCAGCGUACGGUGGAAUCUUCGGACGGGACGCCGACAAAAAGACCGUCCAGAAAAAGUGGGGUCUAGGAGACGACGGCACGGGUUCUUCUGGGUACGACAGUUCUGCAGCGUACGGUGGAAUCUUCGGACGGGACGCCGACAAAAAGACCGUCCAGAAAAAGUGGGGUCUAGGAGACGACGGCACGGGUUCUUCUGGUUACGACAAUUCUGUAUUUCACGCGGGAAUCUUCGGAAGGGCGUUGAAGAAGCGUCUAGGGGGAGGUUCCGGCUCUAAACUCGGAAGACUGAAUGCAGGGUACGGCAGACACUUCGGCAAACGGAUAAGCAUCGGCUACAGCAUGGGUAAAAGAUCGUAA